UCGUCCAUGAGUAGGUCUGACCACUAGAGAGUCGAGACUACAAAGUACACUGUUUACGUAAAUAUUGAGGUAAGUUCAAAUCGUUUAUCCAGCCAGACUUGUACUAUUGGACUAGUCUUACUCUAGGCACCAGGCAGCUGAAUUCGCGGGUAGCUGGCUGGCCAGCACACAACAUCGAAUCUUUAGACGGACCCACUGUGCACCGAUGCAGCGAGUGUCCACAUUUCACUCUCGAGUGCGCACACUCCUUAGUGCACUGCAGAACUCUCGUUCGUACGCGUCCAGGAGUACCAAUCCCUACCCAUAUCCAACACAAACAAACCCCCAGCCGCACCAAAUUUUCCAUUUACCGCGAAAUGCAAAGCAGGAGGACGUGAAACGGAGAUAUUAUGAACUUGUCCGAAUUUACCACCCUGACUCGGCUGUCGCUCGUUAUUAUCCCCCCGAGGUGUCGCAGGCGCGAUUUCAAGCUAUUUCUCGAGCGUAUGACAUGCUUCGAGGGAAAACAUCUGCUUCAGGCGAACCGGUAGAAGCCACUCACAAAGCGGACCCGAUACGAUGGUCAGCUAGGUCGCGCCGCCCUCAUUUCGACGAUACAGCUAGCGAUGAACGGUGGAAAGAGAGAGUGAUUAUGGUUACUGUUUUGCUGACUCUUGCUGCAUUUGUUGCACAGACUAGCUGGACUCGCCAGCAGGCUAUUGCAGAAAUGUCGAGUCACGGACGGACAUCCCAUUCAAAUGUGAAGCCAGGGAAUGUCGAUGGUGUCCUUGCUGCAGACCAUGAAGAUGGAUCACUGGAAGGCAUUAAUCACAACCAGGGAGAUCUUCGCAGCAAGCGUUGACUAUCACACUAUCCCCCGCUUCACUCACUCCUCUGAUCUAUGGCCGUCGUCAUGGUGUACGACGGGUUCCCGUGAAAGUGUAUUGGUUGUCGACAGGCGGCAUUGGACAUGCCCACCCAAAUAAUCUUCCAUCCCCAUGAGGAGCCGGGCGGGGUAGUAUAUUGAUUCAUUGGUGCCGCCAAGCUAUUGAUUAGGGUUGAGUAAGUAGUCAGUGGGCGAUAGGAAUGAAGAUAAACUUCAGGCUGCAUAGACCUCGAAAACAUCACUACGUAUCCGUUAACAUGUA